UCUAAAUUGAAUUUGUGAAUGGAUAAACCCUAAUUAUUGUGUUGUUUAGCUCACGAGUCACAACUCACAACGCAUCGGAUCUUAAAUCAAAUUGUUGUGUAUUGUGGUGCGAACACGAUGUGGUGGAGAUCGGCAUCAUUCAUCAUGGACAGGCAGCAGAACGACGCCGCUUGGAAGGCCGACUCUUCCCACUCCAUCACUCCUCCUCCGGCUUCCCCCACAAACGAAUCCUCAAUCUCAAUCCUUAACCCUAACCCUAACCCUAACGCUAAUCCUAGGAUUUCAGCUUACUACCAGACGAGAGCGGCGCACCACGGCGUGGUGACAAGCGACUGGCUGGCUCAGGCUCAGGCGGCGAUUGGGCCGGAGCCCGAACCCGAAGUGAAGCCCGAUCCGGAUAAGCCCUUCAGUGUGAUCGACGAGUUUAAUAACUGGCGGAAACAGCCACAUUUGGCGGAAGCUGUCGCAGCCAUUCGCGCCUUGGCCGCCGUCAUAAGGUCGAGCGAGGCCACCACUAUGAUGGAGCUGGAAAUCGAGCUCAAGAAGGCCUCCGAUUCUCUCAAGGUAACACUAGUAGUAAUACUCACUCACUCUAUUUCUUCUUUCUUCGUUCAUUUGCAAUUGUUGAUGUUUUUUUUUUGCUUUCAUUUGCAGUCUUGGGAUACAACUUCUAUCUCUUUGACAGCUGGUUGUGAUCUGUUUAUGCGAUAUGUGACUAGAACUUCUGCUUUAGAGUAUGAAAACUUUAAUUCCGCAAAAUCUCGCUUAAUCGAACGUGCUGAGAAGUUUGGGGAAAUCUCCUACAAGGCAACUUGCUUCCUCCCCUCCCGCUUUCACUGCAUUCUAAGUUUAUUUCCUCACACCUUCCUUUUUUUUUUUUUUUUGCAGGCUCGUAAAAUUAUUGCAAUGUUGAGUCAAGAAUUUAUAUUUGAUGGUUGUACAAUUUUGGUUCAUGGUUUUUCCAGAGUUGUCUUUGAAGUUCUAAAGCUCGCAGCACAAAAUAAGAAGCUAUUUCGUGUCUUCUGCACAGAGGGAAGACCAGACCGAACGGGAUUACGGUUGUCCAAUGAGCUGGCCAAGCUUGAUGUUCCUGUGAAACUUGUAAUAGAUUCUGCAGUUGCAUAUACUAUGGAUGUGGUGGACAUGGUUUUUGUGGGUGCAGAUGGAGUUGUGGAAAGUGGGGGCAUAAUCAACAUGAUGGGGACCUACCAAAUUGCGUUGGUUGCACACAGUAUGAAUAAACCAGUCUAUGUCGCUGCUGAAAGCUACAAGUUUGCUCGUCUUUACCCUCUUGACCAAAAGGAUUUAGCCCCUGCUUUGCGCCCGAUUGAUUUCGGUGUACCUAUUCCACCCAAGGUCGAGGUUGAAAGGUCUGCGCGGGACUACACUCCUCCUCAAUAUCUGACUCUGCUUUUCACAGAUUUAGGUGUUCUUACUCCAUCUGUUGUUAGUGAUGAGCUGAUCCAGCUAUACUUAUAGUCAUACAUGUAUAAAGUUUUUGCUAUUCUUUAAAAAUGUUGGCUACAAUUCAAGAUCAUACAUGUUUCUUGAAACAAUUUUGUCACAAGCAC